UGUCCUCGUGAGUAAAAAAGAUGUGAAACUUGACAAGAUGACUUCGAAGUGAUGGAUUUUAAUGGCAAGCCAAUUAUCUUCUGCGAAUAUGAAGAUGAUUUCACCUUAGGAGAUGCUUAUGGUGAAGGCCAUCAGCUGGUCCUAGGAAAUGAUGGGAUUUUUCUUCUGUCCUUUUUCAUUGCUUUCGUAUUUAACUGGAUUGGAUUCUUUUUAUCCUUCUGCUCAACCAAUACCAUUGCAGGGAGAUAUGGUGCCAUUUCUGGGUUUGGAUUGUCCCUUACGAAGUGGAUUCUCAUUGUUAGGUUCUCUGAUUAUUUUUUCGGUUAUUUUGAGGGGAAUCUAUGGCUCUGGUGGAUUUUUCUGGCUGUCGGUAUUUUGCUUUUCACAAGUGGUUUAAUCAAUUAUGCAAAAGCUCGGAAAGUAGCUUCAAGGAUCGCCAGUUUGAAAAAGUCCAGGUUCCUUUUCAUCUACUGAUGAUAUAUGCUGACCUACUUCCUUUCACGUUGCCAAGCUUCACUCUUUGGUGAAAAGAACAACUGCAAGAAUCACAGAUUUCAGAUGAUGAAUUAAUAAGUUGCAAAGUUAUUUCGAUUUGAUGGACGUGGCCUUCCAAGCCACUUGAAAAACUUCUGUUGGGUACAAUGUGCUUUCUAAUUGUGCUCCUUUUCAAUGUUUUGACA